GGGCCCUCAGGCGGAGCGGCGGGCGCCGGACCCCCAGAUGGAGCGACAGGUCUCGGGCCCCCAGGCGGAGCGGCGGGCGCCGGACCCCCAGAUGGAGCGACAGGUCUCGGGUCCCCAGGCGGAGCGGCGGGCGCCGGACCCCCAAGUGGAGCGACAGGUCUCGGGCCCUCAGGCGGAGCGGCGGGCGCCGGACCCCCAGGCGGAGCGACAGGUCUCGGGCCCUCAGGCGGAGCGGCGGGCGCCGGACCCCCAGGUGGAGCGACAGGUCUCGGGCCCCCAGACGAAGCGGCGGGGGCACCGAGUCGUCUGGCAAGACUGCGGGCACCGAGUCGUCUGGCAAGACUGCGGGCACCGAGUCGUCUGGCAAGACUGCGGGCAUCAAGUCAACUGGCGGAACAGCGGGCACCGA